AACAAAAAUGCUCAACCCCCACCGAUAUUAUGCAGUUGGUAGACAGUGGUGCAGAUGCGCUACCGCCGCACAACUACCGUUAGACCGACCGCACCGACAAAGCGAAAAGCGCCGCGGCCACAAACAAUCCGUUCCGUGUGCGUGCCACGACCAUUUUGUUUGUAUAAACCGAACAGCCGAAGCGACAUGUCGACGAAACGUAAGCGGGCACCGGCCAAGAAGGCGGGCGGCAAACGCGGCAAGAGGAAGGAGGACAGCGACCUGGACAGCGAUCUGAGCGAGCGCAGCGACAACGAGAACACCAUCCAGCCGGACGAGGUGCUGAUCGCCGGCCAUGGCGACGCGCUCGACGAACCGACGCCGCUGCCCCAGGAGCUGCUCAACACGCUCAUCAAGCCGGCCGGACAGCUGGUCAUCUUCGGCAGCGUCAACUGGGACACGGUGGGCAAGCGGGAGGUCAAGGCGGGACAGAAGGUCAGGCCCAAUCUCUAUGUGCCUCACAAAUUCACCGAUCACAAGGUUCGUUUGGCGGUGAGCGGCUGCGUGGCCGCCCACAGCGUGAUCGUAAACGAGGAGGGCAGAGCGAUGACGUUCGGCCGCAACCAGUACGGCCAGCUGGGCCAGGACAACACGACCACCAAGGACGUGCCGACGCCGGUGCCCGGUCUGGAGGGCAUGAACGUGAUCGGUGCGGCCACCGGUCGCCACCACACGCUCUUCCUGACUGACACCGGCACCGUGUAUGCGUGCGGUGACAACAGAUCCGGCCAGUGCGGCGUCGGCAACCUGCAGCCGCAGAUCGUGACGCCGACCAGGAUCAACUAUCGGGGUCCACCCAUUGUCAAGGUCGGCUGCGGCGCAGAGUUCUCCGUCAUCCUGGACAUCAAGGGGGGCCUGCACUCGUUCGGUCUGCCGGAGUACGGCCAGUUGGGCCACAAUACCGACGGCAAGUAUUUCAAGACCAGCACGAAGCUGUGCUUCAACUACGAAACGAGCCCGAAGCGUAUCGUGCUCUACAUCGAGAAGAGCAAGGACGGGCACGUGUCGCCGGUGGAUGUGACCGAGAUCGUGGACUUUUGCUGCGGUCAGAAUCACACCGUGGCCAUCGACAGCAAGAAGAGGGCGUUCUCGUGGGGUUUCGGCGGCUUCGGGCGUUUGGGGCAUGCGGAGCCGAAGGACGAGAUGGUGCCUAGGCUCAUCAAGUAUUUUGACAGUCAGUCGCGUGGCGUGCGCAGCGUGAACUGCGGAUCGACAUACAGUCUGGCGCUCACUGAGUACAAUGGGCUGUUCCUGUUUGGGCAGACCAAGAGGAGCGGCGAGGCUAACAUGUACCCGAAGCCGGUGCAGGACUUGGCUGGGUGGAACAUCCAGCACAUCGCCACCGGAUUCACGUCCAUCAUCCUGUCGGCGGAUGAUUCGGUGAUUGCGUGGGGGGCGUCGCCUACGUAUGGCGAGCUGGGAAUUGGAGAGAUGCAGAAGAGUAGCACCACACCCAAGGAAGUGAACAAACUGUCUGGUGUGAAGGUGUUGGGCUUGUCAAUGGGUUUGUCCCACACUUUACUAAUUGCCGCUAACGACACUCCAGAACAACAGACUAAAUUAGACUCCUUUGAGGAGUUUGAACCCUAGACAUUAGGUUUAAGGAUACACUACAUACAUGUAAUGGGACUCUGAUACUGCCCUUUUAUCGCUCUAUCCACGUUUUUAAUUUUUUUUUUGUAUGAUGAUCGUUUUGAUUUUUUACCUAUUGUUUUUGAAUUUAUAUUUCAGUAUUUUUUUACUAUUUAUUACAUGGUAUAUUGUAUACUAAUUGUCACUGUAAUCAAGUAUAUUUUGUAUGUUCAUUUUUUCAUUAAAUAAAAAUUUAUAUUACACAUUUUAA